AUGGCUUUCAAAUGGUCUUCUUUGCCUGCUGAGCUCCAUCUUGCCGUCCUCGACCACCUCGAUGUUGAUGAUGUUGUGCCGUUAUCGACUGUGUCGAAAGCCAGUCGUGCUCUCACUAUGCCCCGCAUAUUCCAGGCAGUAGCCAUCCGGUCGUUUCACGGCCUCCAGGCCUUUCUGACGAAUGUACCCCAUUCGUACGGGCGUUUCAUUCGCCAGUUGGAUGUUUGCACCCAGGGAGCGAUCCUGCCGUUUGGAAACGAUACGGAGCCGCUCGCAUCUACCUCCAAAUCCACAAGCUCGCCCCGGACCGAUGCCUUGAUCGAGCUUUUAGCACGUACCCCGCAGAUUCAGCGCCUGACCUUGCGUGUAUCCGAGGGAUUGCACCCAAAGAUUGCGCCGAGUUUCAAAGGACUUGAUGAUCUUAUCUCCUUGAAGAUCGAAAACUGUGAUGACGAGGAGAAUGCACCACUGAGCGAGAGCGUCGUGACAGCCAUUGCCUUGGCGAUCCCGAAGCUGGAGGAGCUUUCGCUCACCCGGAUCACACGUACCAUGCACCCCGAUGAAUACGCGUCGGCGUAUACAUCAUCAUACGAGCUCUUCCCCGCGAUCCUCGAUGAGCACGCAACACCAACGCACCGCCUCCCGGCCCUCUUCUCCAUCCCCACCCUGCGCCACCUCGCCAUUCACGAUACACACCUGGGUGAUCCGCUCUUCUCCAGCCCUGACCUAGCUACCUCUGGGACCUUGGAACACCUUGAGCUCGGCGCCUACACCCACACUUCACCCGAACAGAACGCGGAGUGGCAUGGACACAUCCUCGAGCGCGCUGGCCCGCGCCUAACACAUCUUGCCCUCGGCGCUGGCAUUCCGACUCUUCCGUCCGGCGCUCUAUGUCUCCCGCACCUAUCUAGCGCGCGCAUGACCUCUAGCGUCUCGCCUAUGCUUAUACCCUCCACGCUCGGGUCACUUGCCACAGCUCAGGUUCAGGCCCCGCUCCAGCUGGAUAUGGAGUGCGAAGUGAUGGACUUUGAAGACGUCGUGGAUGAGCUGGCGAUGUUUAUGGAAGAUGCGCCAGAGGCAUGCACGUUCGCUGACGUGCGAGUUCAUAUCGUGGAGUCUGAGGGAUCGUUUCCCGAUGACGGACCGAUGGGUGCAGUUACUCCGGGGACCCGAGAGCUUGACGAUGAGGACACUCGUCGUUUGAGGGAUCUGGAGGAUGCCUGUGAACGUGUUGGUACUCGUGUCAGGGUGCUAGGCGCUACGACUUCACUUGGUGUUGUACCUACAGCUCCUUCAAGGGUGGCAAGGGUUACUACGGGCGAUCUUGUAGUAGAUAAGAGUGCCUUGAUCUGA